ACCACAUUUGGCCAGUGUGCCUACUGCAGCAGUGUUUCCCAACCAUAAUUGCAUCAAGGCUCGAUAAUAAUAAAUCUUCCUCAGUAAUGCCACAAGAGUUUUGAAGUUGGAUCAACAUGAAAAUCAACCGGCGUCAGGGGAGAAGGCUGGAAUGUUUUAUUAACAUAACUACAUCUUGUUGUUCCAGAUUAAUCGACUCGAAUGAAUUUUUGAUUAUCCCAGUGGCGACUUUUCAAGUCGAGAUGAAACCAUGAUCAUGUGCACGUGAAAAGACAGCCGAGGCCCCACUGUUGUUUCUAAUCGGCCAAAGCCAAGUUGAACCACUGGGAGCCCUACGCGUCACGGGUGAGCCACACGUGUGGGGCGUGGCGUUAGAAAUACGUCCACUCGCUAUAAGGAGAGGCGGCGAGCAGCUUCGAAUUUUACAAGACAAGCCCGUUAUUCAGAAAGCAUCACAUCCACAGAGAGGCGGAGGGACCACUUCUAACGGGGCCAAGCGACGACGCAACCUGGGCUUCUCCUUCUCCUCCUUUUGCAUCUUGCUGUCCCAUCCUCCUCACCUCCUCUUGGGGGGGUGUUGCCGUCGCCUCUUUGGCAUCUUGAAAGGAAGAAAAACUCUAGACUUUCCUAGACCAGAAGCACCACAGUAUCCUCUAAAAGUAGAGCAACCUGAGUGCUGGUGGAUAAGCAUAGCUAGCAAAUUAGACCUGAUCGUGGAUACUACAGCUUCCAACCAGACAGCAAACCAAACCAAAGCAGGGCAUUUCUGCUUUUUUUGGGGGGUGCGGGGUUUAAAUAACUGACAGCAUUUUUAUUCCUGGCAAGAAGUUUUCAUUUUCACGUGAUCAGUAAAAAUGGGUCCUGGAAUGGAAGCGGCUGACAUCGCCGUAGUUGCGCUCUACUUUGUCCUCGUGCUCGCCAUCGGCUUUUUCGCCAUGUGGAAAUCCAACCGCAGCACCGUGAGCGGCUACUUCCUGGCCGGGCGCUCCAUGACCUGGAUAGUGAUCGGCGCCUCGCUCUUUGUGAGUAAUAUCGGCAGCGAACAUUUCAUCGGACUGGCCGGGUCGGGAGCGGCAGGCGGCUUUGCUGUGGGAGCUUGGGAGUUCAACGCCCUUCUGCUUCUGCAACUACUCGGCUGGGUCUUCGUUCCCGUGUACAUCCACUCGGGAGUGUUCACCAUGCCCGAAUACCUAUCCAAGCGCUAUGGGGGCAUUCGGCUGAAGGUCUACUUUGCUUUCCUCUCAAUUCUCCUCUACAUUUUCACCAAGCUGUCUGUGGACUUGUACGCCGGCGCUCUCUUCAUCCAGGAGUCGCUCGGGUGGAAUCUUUACCUGUCUAUAGGUCUGCUCAUCUGCAUGACUGCCAUUCUCACUGUCACUGGUGGACUGGUGGCGGUUAUGUACACAGACGCGCUUCAGGCCGUGUUGAUGAUCGGUGGAGCUGCGACAUUAACCAUCAUCAGCCUUCUUAAAGUGGGUGGGCUAGAAGGUGUCAAAGCUAGGUACAUGGAAGCUAUCCCCAACGUGACCGCCAUCUUGGCUACUGGGAACUAUACGUAUUCACCCUCUUGCCGUAUCCACCCCAAACCCAACUCUCUCCGCAUCCUCCACGGCCCCUUGGAUGAAGACAUUCCGUGGCCGGGGUUCAUUCUGGGCCAAACCACCGCUUCCAUUUGGUACUGGUGUGCUGACCAGGUCAUAGUUCAGAGAGUGCUUGCGGCAAAGAACAUUGCCCACGCUAAGUGCUCCACACUCAUGGCGGGACUCCUUAAGAUCCUUCCCAUGUUUUUAAUCGUCAUCCCGGGUAUGAUCUCCCGCAUCUUGUUCGUAGACGAGAUCGCCUGCAUUGGGCCCGAACACUGCAUGGAUGUGUGCGGCUCUCAGGCGGGCUGCUCCAACAUUGCGUACCCUCGUCUGGUCAUGGCCGUGAUGCCCGUGGGUCUCCGCGGUCUGAUGAUGGCGGUGAUGAUCGCUGCCCUGAUGAGCGAUCUCGACUCCAUCUUUAACAGCGCGAGCACCAUCUUCACCCUGGACAUCUACCAAACCGCGAGAAAGAAGGCGUCUCAGCGGGAGCUGCUCAUCGUGGGUCGCCUUUUUGUGGUGCUCAUGGUGGUCAUAAGCAUCGUUUGGGUUCCCGUCAUCAUCGAGAUGCAAGGCGGUCAGACCUACCUUUACAUCCAGGAGGUGGCCGGCUACCUUACCCCACCCAUCGCCGCCCUCUUCUUACUCGGCGUCUUCUGGAAGCGGUGUAAUGAGAAAGGGGCCUUCUGGGGAGGCGUGACCGGUUCCAUUCUGGGUACCAUCCGACUGAUCCUGGCUUUUAUGUACCGCCAGCCUCGCUGCGACCAACCAGACAACCGGCCUGCUUUCAUCGUUCAGGUCCACUACAUGUAUGUGGCAGCCGGUUUGUUCUGGAUCUCAGGCUUUGUGGCCGUGGUGGUCAGUCUUCUCACAUCUGCGCCGGAAGAGGAACGGAUUCGCACCACGACGGUGUGGGGCCUCCGUUUUGUGGAGAAAUUGCCCGACAACCCAAAAGACAGAGAGCAAAUGUACCAGCUGACUGAGAAGAACGCCUUCAUCGGUGACGCAAGCCUGCACAAAACUUUGCCCCCGGAUGUCAGAAAGGAGAAGUGUCUGGACGGUGCCGAUAUCAAACUCCUGGUCACGUCCACCGACCACGACCCGGCCACCCCCAGCGCGGAGCCAUCCCCGGCGACCACUCCCGCGGACAGGUUCGGUAAACUGGACGACGGAGAACGCCACGAAGUCAGCCGCUGUAUUCGCCUGCUGGACUGGUUUUGCGGCUUCAAGGAGCCGUCGCAGGACGCGCAGCCAAAAACGCCCCAGCAAAAUGCGAGGGCGAUCGCGGAGAUGCUCCACGAGCCACCGCGAGUCAAACUUUUCCUCAAUCUUGGCCUGCUGUUCGUCUGCUCCUUGGGCGUCUUUAUGUUUAUUAUUUUUUCGCUGUAGUACACUGGUACAGACUGGUGGCCGUUGCAGGGGACCUGUUACAAACAGAUGAAUUUAUAAAGAGAAGCUUUCUGUAAUAUUUACAGUUGUCUUUUAUAGCUCUCUUAACAAGCUUAUUCCAAUGAUUGUUUUUUUGUUCUUUGACUGAUCGAAGCUUCCCCAUAAACACAAUGGACUCCUUUUCAAGACUUUUUGCUUAUCUGGCAUUUGCCUGACCAUUUUGUAAAGCGCUUGUUGUUAAUCCUGCACUGAAUAUCUACUUGGAUAUUGAGGAUCGUUGUACUUCAAGUGCAUUUUCGUAUUGGCCUUAUUUGACAUAUGCACUUAGCUUGUUUUUUUUGUAUUGUGACAAGUUCUGUGAAUCGUUUUUCUUUUCUUGUUGACUGUGACUACACUUAGUUGCUAGCGUAGCAUUCAUGUGUUUUGUGGUAAGCGUUUAUUUAAGAUUGUAAACCACGAAGGUUGGGAGAUAAAGCUCAAGCUGCUUAGAUUUCAAAUUAAAGGGUGUGUCUGGUCAUCUUCUUUUGGCCAUUGACAAUUAGCAUACGUCAUGACGAUAAAUCCUAAUCAAGCCUCUCUUCUUUAUGGGGGAGCAUUAUGACACUUUAAUCCUAAAAAUGUUGCCUUUCUAUGGGUGUACACAGAUAAUUAAAAACUUUUGAUGACAUCCCAUAUUAAAAUAGAAAGCGCAAAUUGACGAGAUUGUUUAGUAUGGUACUUAACUGUGUGUUGUUAAAAUGUGUUAUUUUUGGAUGUUUUGAUGAUUAAAAAAGGUUUUUGUGCACUACUAUAGCUAGCAUAAUUAAAAAAAAAUACUAAUGAUUCUGUAUCCAUCUAUAUUUUAUGCAUAUCUCAUGUUACGUUCAAAAAGUGUGUUGAGUCUGUUGACUUUUAUUCAAAUGGCUUGUUUUCUGGUUGUUUCUGUCAAAUACCAUUUUCAAGUCUAUCUACUGUGUCCGCGUGUACAAUUGCAAAUUUUGUACAACCUUUUACCAAAUGUGUCUUAGUGUGAGUUUCUAGACUGGGAAAAAAAAAAGUCAAACAAUAGACAAAAAAAAGUUUUACAUUCGAAUUUGUGUGCUGUGUCAUUAAAGCCAUCUGAGUAAACAGCUUUCUUGUGUUGUAGCUUUUUCAUUAGCUGCAUCGUAUUAAUACGCUCGCUGUUGGAUCGAGUUUAAUUGAAUAAGGUUCAUUGUCUCUAGAUACCAACAAAAAAAACAACA